UUCGCAGUCCACCGUGACACCGAAUGUGAAUUCGCCUUCCAUCCCAUACUCAUCAUAAGACCUUUGAACCCCACAAGUACUACAUACAGCCUUGUUUCAAGCUUGUCCAACAUGCCUCUCGUAGCUCAAAACCCAAAGGAUCGAGUCAUCCUUGGGUUGAUGACGUUUGGACCCGACGAGAAGGCUGGCGCUAGGAUCACUGAUUUCAACGAGUACACCAAGCAUCUCGACUACUUCCAGUCCCAGGGCUACAAUGAGGUCGACACAGCACGCAUGUACGUCGGCGGCCUGCAGGAGGGCUGGACGCGGGACGCCAAAUGGAAGGACCGCGGGCUUACGCUUGCCUCCAAAUGUUAUCCUUACGAACCAGGCGUUCACAAGGCCGAUCGUCUGAAGGAACACGCGAACACAUCUCUCAAGGAGCUUGGGUCCGACAGUGUAGACAUCUUCUACCUGCACGCACCAGAUCACUCGGUCCCCUUCGCCGAGACGUUGCAAGCCGUCAAUGACCUCCACAAAGAGGGAAAAUUCGUCCAGCUGGGUUUGAGUAACUUUGCUGCGUGGGAGGUUGCAGAGGUUUGGAACAUUUGCAAUGAACGCGGAUGGGUGAAACCGACAAUUUAUCAAGCCAUGUACAACGCCAUCACCAGGGGAAUAGAGCCGGAGCUCAUUCCUGCUUGCCGCAAGUACAAGCUCGACAUUGUCGUAUACAAUCCGCUCGCCGGAGGAUUGUUCUCGGGGAAGAUCAGGUCAAAGGACCAUCUACCGCAAGAAGGCAGAUUCGGGCAGACGGCAGAGAAGACGGGUAAGAUGUAUCGUGAUCGCUACUUCAAGGACGCGACCUUCGAGGCAUUGCGUAUCAUUGAACCGGUAGCCGAGAAGCACGGGUUGACGCUGCUGGAGGUAGCGCUACGUUGGACUAUGCAUCACUCGGAGCUGAAGACCAGAGUCAAAGGUGGGAACGACGGAAUCAUCAUUGGAGUGAGCAACUUCUCGCAGCUGGAGGGAAACUUGAAGGACCUGGAGAAAGGUCCCUUGCCCGAGGAGGUCGUGGGAGUAUUGGACGAGGCGUGGUUGAUUGCCAAACCCUUAGCUCCCCCGUAUUUUCGGUGA